CGCGCACUUUGGACUUUUCGAAAUUCGACGCCAGUCUGAUCAGUCUUUGAGCCGCCUCCUCCAAAUUCCCAACAUCACGCCUUUACUAACCACCACAGCCGACCUAAGUUCUCAACACCACCAACCGUCAACAUGAGAACUUACGACGACUCCUUCUCUGGCCAGAGAAUCUACCCUGGCAAGGGUAAGCUCUACGUCAGAGGUGACAGCAAGGUCUUCCGAUUCCAGAACGGAAAGUCAGAGUCUCUCUUCCUCCAGCGCAAGAACCCCCGUCGUAUCUCAUGGACUGUUCUUUUCCGACGACAACACCGCAAGGGUAUCACUGAGGAAGCUGCCAAGAAGCGAACUCGCCGUACCGUCAAGUCCCAGCGUGCCAUCGUUGGUGCCUCUCUCGAUGUUAUUAAGGAGAAGCGCUCGAUGAGACCCGAGGCCCGCUCAGCGGCCCGCGCCCAGGCCAUUAAGGAGAGCAAGGAGAAGAAGGCUCAGGCGCAAGCCGCCAAGAAUUCCGAGAAGGCCAGGAAGGCUGCCACUGCCGCCAAGGGUCAGACCCAGCGCAUCGUCGGAAAGCAGGGUGCCCGAGGUGCUGCCCAAAAGGUCCAGGCCAACACCCGUUAAAAUAAAUUAAAAAAUGCGUAACUUCUUUGACUAGCAUUUGAUAAUGGGACGGCCCGGGAUCGCGGAGACUGCAAGAGAGACUUGUACGUGCGUGUGGCCGAUCAGCGGAUGACGAGCAUUGAUGGGUGGGAUGGACACUCCUAAACAAUGUGUCUGGCGGCGUCUUGGGUGGGAUAUUAAACCUCGACUUUGUCAUUUCGGCCUACGAAUUCAAUUAAACAUGAAUACAUCUCUCGGUUUUUGGGGAUUGCAUGAAAAAAUCUCUCUUAUAGGUUUGAGAGAAAGAAAUUCUCCCCCGGUAGCUCAUGAAUGCCAGCAUUGUUCACUCAUCGGCCAUGUCGUUUGUUCUCUUGUGAUACCUAACUCACGAACCCCGGGGAACCAGCUCUCUUGUAGAAGUCUCCGAUAAAGGGGACCAUGAAAGGUUACUUUCAGUCGCUAUUUCCGCUUCGCCCUGGCUUAGUUAAUCGUACCUCAGCAUUCGUAUCCAAAAUUUAGGCCAGGAAGUAGAGAUUAUCACCAAGGCGUGGGUCUUCACGUAAUAAUUAGGUUGU